UCCGCCAUCAUUCUGCUUCUUCUCUUGCUUCCAACCGCCAUAAACCACCACUAUGCUGUCCAGAAAAAAACCCGCGUCCGCUCCAAGUUUCUCCUCUCCCUUUUAACUUUUCUGUUGAUCUUCGCUGUGAAAUUCAGUAGUAGGAUAGAAUGUUCUUGGCGCUUCCUCGUAACAACACUGGAGAGUUUCAUUCGCAAUGUCUCACACAUUCCCUGGGGUACAUUGGUGCUGUUGUUGGGGUUGCUGGUCAUGGUGAAAUAUCAAACCUAUGUCCAGUCCAUUCUGAUUCCUUACCGGUAGGAAUUGAUAUCCCUUUUUGAUGUUUAUUUCAGGGCAAAGGAAAUCUAGUCAUAUAUGUCUGUACAUAUAUGUAAUCAAGGUCUUUUAUGAAUUAGAGAUUCUAUACAUGACCUAUGUAUAAUUUCGACUUUUAGUUAGUGAAUUCUUAUUGAUUGUAUAAACUUGUUUAUGACUACACAAUUGUUAUGAUAUGUUUAGAUUCUUUUGUGACCACUAGUAAGUAAAUGUUCUUUUAAAAC